AGAGUUUAAAUUUGCUUGAAAAUGGCUAAAUUAAGCGAUGUUUCAUCAAAGUUCUUUUGUUUAAUCAUUUUUGUGAUCUCGUUUGAGUGCAUUAAUGCUAGUUUGAAAAAGAAGAAACAAGACGACUUCCCAAACUUUGAUCAAAUAAAAAACGACCUAUUCUUCGAUACUCAUUCCAAUGUUCUAAAUAAGAGCAGCGAAUACAGCUAUCAAAACGGUGUUGAGCUUCUUCAGUGCUUAAAUGAAUUGAAUUCAAUUAAAAACGGAUUGAUUAACUCGGAGCAGUGGGCAACGAGAAUCGUAGAUGCAUGGGGCAAAAUGCCAUCGGGCAUUUUAAAUGGAAAUCUUUACGAUUUGGGCGCAUUUUCACAGUGUCUUCACAUCGAACGCAAUGAGGAAGUUUAUAGAACACAAUACUGUAUGGCACACGUAAUUUUUGAUCUCGAAGAUUUUAUUUCAGCGCCAAUUUCGUUUGAAUACACCUUAAGCCAUAUGAAUGUGCCUAAAGUUAUGAGCACGGCUCAGCCAGAAUUUGGGCAUGAGCCAGGUGUAAUACUUGGAACUUGCUUUCCGGCCAGUUGUUCUGUAGACGCUUUGGAUAUUAUUAUCAAUGAAGUUAUUCGGGGGAAAAUGACCGAUGUUUCAGUGAAAAUUUCCAAAAAUAGUUGCCAAUUCGAGGAAUAUCCAUCAAAAUUGAGAAAAAUAGAUAAAGCGAUGAUUACACUGCUGGGAGUGAUUUCAUGUCUGAUACUACUAAGCACAGGCUAUGACAUUUUAUACAGCGUGAUCAAUCGUGAAAAAUCUCGAGUACUCUUGGUCUUUUCUCUCUACACGAACGGAAUGGAAUUGAUUUCCAUCCAAAAAAUCCAAUCACCAAAUGCGAUGGCUUGUAUGAAUGGGAUUCGAGCAAUAUCAACGCAAUGGAUUGUACUUGGGCACACAUAUCUAAUGUAUUUAUGGUUACCAGUUAGCAAUAAAUCGGAUAUUCAAAAGUUCUUCUUAAAAUAUCACAAUAUGUUCAUUCUUGCUGGGGUCCCGGUUGACAAUUUCUUUACGUUAAGUGGACUUUUGGUUUCAAUAAAAAUGUUGAAAUAUUUUGAAAGAAAAGAGAGAUUGAACCUUCUACAGCUGUACUUGCAUCGUUUCAUACGAUUGACACCGCUUCUGGGCGCAUCAUUUCUCUUUUCCAUGUCGUUGAUGCGAUUUUUUGGGAGUGGACCAUUUUGGCCUACUAUGCUUCACUUCUUUCACGGCGAAUGUGAGCGCUAUUGGUGGUCAACACUGUUGUACAUUCAGAAUUUUGUCAAUCAAAAUGACAUGUGUUUUCGACAUUCGUGGUCGCUAUCACUUGACAUGCAGCUCUAUUUACUUGCACCGGCCAUCAUUUAUUCGGUUUAUCGAUACAAAGCGAAAGCAUUGUAUAUUUUAUCCGCCUUAGUUCUCUGUUGCAUUGGCUGCACGUUGAUGGUGCAUUUGAAAUAUGGUUUUACGACCAUGUUUUCGAAAGGUAAACUAGAAAAAGCCUAUUAUGCGCUCCAUAUUCGCUAUUCCCCAUGGAUGGUUGGCGUGAUCGCAGGUUAUUUCUUCUUUAUUGCGGAAAAGAAACCGUUUCGUAUUACCAAGAUGCUCAAUCUAUUUGCGUGGACACUUUCUUUAGCUUCAAUGUUCAUCAUCAUCUUUGGGAGUUAUCAAUUUCAACAACUUGACUCAAAAUUGUCUCCGUUUGAUUUUGGACUGUUUGAAGGUUUGAGUCGCGUCAUUUGGGCGUGUUCUUUGUGUUUUAUCAUUUUUGCUUGCUGCCAUGGAUAUGGAGGGCCGGUCAACUGGUUCUUGGCUCAUCCAUUUUUUCAGCUGAUUUCAAGGCUUUCAUAUUCAGUCUACUUGUUGCAUUUGCCAGUCAUCUGGUUAACAAUGGCUUCAAUGAAAUCUCCGUUGUAUUUUAGUGAAGUGAACGCUGCUCACGCUUUCUUUGGAAAUUAUAUCAUUUCGAUUUUUGUAUCAAUAGUUGCAACCCUUGCUUUCGAAAGGCCUGUAUUGAUGAUUGAAAAACUACUUUCCCGGAAAGUGGCUGAACCCCAACUGGAUGUUGAUACUAAAGACAAACAAAAUGGAUCUGAACGAAAUGGAACCAAACCAAAUGGCUGUAAACAGAAUAGAUUUAAACCAAAUCAAACUGAAAUAUUAAUCAAACUAUUAAAAAAACACAAUGAAUAAUAUGUAAUUGGAAUUGAUUUUGACAUUUUUAUAUUCUUCUUAUUAUCAAAUACAUAUUAUAAUAUUUCUCAGCUGAACGUGAACGAUGUAUCAUUGUAUUUUAUGCGUAAAAUAAUCAUUUUCUUGGAUUUUAUCGAAUAAAGUAAUAA